AUGGUUGUUGCUAAAAAGAUUCUCCACAAGCUGAAUUUCAACACCAACGACCAAAAGCAGGAGGGGCCGACUCCAGCCAUUGACUUCUGUGGUAUGCGUAUCUCGUCCACUGGUGUCACGCCAUCUCCAUCGCGCACAGUCUUGACGGAGGCCGCUGUCGAAAAUGCGCUGUCAACGUUCUCUAAGGGCCUUCCUUUCUAUGCCAAGAACAAGAAAGGCAAACGGCGCAAGCAAUCGGUCAGGGAGUACCGUACUGCGUGGCUGAGAAGUUGGACGGGGGUUGCUAACUAUAUGAGAGGCUGGCUCACACCACGCAUAUUGCAGGCUACUGACAUUAUGCAGCGUGCCCUGAAGGACUUUGGCGACCCUUGCAUCCUAGAGGGUGAUCCACGCCUUGGCGUCCAUCUCGAUAGUGUCCCCACCGCUUUUCGUGAGAUUAUGGGAUAUUAUAUUUCCGGUGUCCCACGCAUGAACCUCUACUUCGAGAGUGCUGACCGACACAUCGCCACGUUACUCGUAUCUGACGGUAAUCAACAUUCGUGGAGUGGUUUCGUGCUUCGAGCAGUUGUACAGGAGCCGGCUUGUGAUGCUGGCGAGCACCCUCUCCUCCUUGGUUCACCGCUCUCAAUGAGCUACUACGAUGUGAAGAACCACUCACGGUGUUGCCAAUGA